UUGCAAGAUAUUUUAAAAUUGUAAUAUAGCUACUUUCACUCUGUGUACCUACUCCACCGCCCUAAGUGUUAAGUUUAGUAGCCGAUACUUGCAGAAGUAGAGGAGGCUAUGCAUUGUAGUCAGUGCAGCUAAACCGGUGAAGAAGUCACCCCAAACGCUUAGCCUGUACUUAGAGAACCCGGAAAGACGAAGCAUGACGCGGAUGAACCACGGGGUUGAGGACACCCUAUAUAAAGACACCUGACAUCAGCCACAGCACUAAAGACAAGCUUCAGCAGAUCAGAUCACAAAUUUUUGCCCAUGUUGCACGGAACCACGGCCCAAAAACAUCUUAAAAAGAUGGAAAUGGGCACCUCGACCCGUGCGCAGACCACCUUCAUCCCUGUUCCGCACCAGCUCAGCUGCUCCAGCAGAGAUGGGCCCCAGUUUUAUGCUAAUGCCGACGGGCAGUGCGCUGCGUCCUCCAAAGUUUUACUGGCUUACAAAAACGCAUCGCAGCACCUGAGUUCAUCGGGGAUUAAAGCAGGCUUGGGGAUACUUAAAGUAGCCACGUCUCAGUGGAAACAAGAAAAGAAUGCGCGCUCUGGGGCUGCCAACAGCAACCAUGCCUGCAAGACGUCUCCGCUAAAUCAGCUGGCAGCUCUGGUUCUCCACGGUCAAACCCGACAUCUCCAUACUGGUCAAGAGCACCGACACGACCCCCUUUACUCCACCAAACCACAGAACUGUAAGCGCAUCGUGGUUCUUGGUGCGCCACGGGUAGGCAAGACCUCCAUCCUAAGAAGAUACCUUCGGGACGGAUUUGUGGAGGAGUACAAUCCCACCUCCGAGGAUUUCCUCAGGAAACUGUUUCGUAUCCGUGGCGAAACCUACCAGAUUGACAUUCUGGAUGCAUCCCGGGAAAGGGACUUCCCCGCUAAGCGGAGGCUGUCUAUCCUCACUGGAGACAUUUUUCUUCUAGUAUUCAGUCUAGACGACCGAAGCUCUUUCGAAGAGAUGUGCGCCCUGCGGACGGAGAUUGUGGCUGCUAAAUCCAAGCUCAAAUCCUCUGUGCCAGAGCAGUGUUCGCAGCCGCAGGUUCCCCUGGUCGUCUGCGCCAACAAGGUGGACCUCCUGGAGUCCGAGAGAGAAAUAAGUAAGGCAGAGGUGCUCCAAACCCUCGGUGAUGACUGUGCUUAUUUUGAAACGUCUGCAAAGCACAGCACUAACCUAGAAAAAGUUUUCGAGGUUUUGGCAAAGCAAGGCGGUCUUCCGACUGAAACUGGCCCGUCUCGGCACCGCAAAGUCUCGCUUCGUUCGUACCAGGCAAUGCGCACAGCGGAGAGGAGCGGUCGGGCGCCGGGGCGCGAUGACCCAUGUGGCGCCAUGUACCCGCUGGCACGUAGGCCGAGUUUUACCGCUGACCUUCGUCAAGUCAUCGGACCACAUACGACAAGAAAGCCCAGCAAAGCACUGGAGAAAUGUCCGAUUCAGUGAUAGACAAACAGACUGUACAGAGCGACUAAAACAAGGAAUAAAGCACUGAUAGUCAUUUAAAUAUAAUUCAUUAUGUUGAACUGAUGAUUUAAAUAAAAUCAUCUUUAAUACA